GGUAGUCUCAAAUUAACUAGUUCCACAAAUCCAUUUUGAUGAAUCUUCCAGCUGUUUGUGUUUUCCCUAUGUUUAUUUCGUAAACAGCAGAUGUUACCAGCAUUAUGCAUUAUUCUCAUUCGUAAACAUUAUCUUUAUUCAUCAGCCGGCCAAACGUCAGGUUCUUGAUGGUGUUACUCCCAUCAAACGUAUAAAAAAUAAAUAUAUAUUGCAUAUAGGGACAUCUUUUACGAAUAAGGAAGCGAUUACAAUCAAAAGAAGGUGUCUUAAAAUGUUUCCAUCAGUCAACAAAAGUUUAUUAACCGCCAACAUUUUGCAUUUCUACAAAGAUGUGAGCUGUGAAGAAGAUUUAGAAGAUGUUGGGAAAUAUUUUGAAGGUAAUGGAGCAUUUAAUAUCACCGAAAUUGUUAGGAGGACUUUUCCAGAACAUGAGACCCCGGAAGCUGUCUUAAAAGCUAUGGACGCUUUCAAAUAUGAAGAUUAUAAACGACGCUAUACUGCUAUUUCAUCGAUAUUCAAAAACACACCAAAAAUGUACCAGCAGCUACAACCAUAUGCCGAAAUGAAUUGGAUUGGUACAAACAGCUCAAUUCUUACGAAGUUAAUAAGUGAAUCUAAAGGCCUUAAAAAGAGCAAAACUGUGGAGAAUAUAUUGAUAUUGACCUCACUAAUGGAAAACGCUCUGGCGAACAUCUAUUUUACUGAAACCAAUGGCAAAUUUCCACCACAUUUAUUGCGGGAUCUGAUAAGCACCCCGGAGAUAAGGAAGGUUCUUGGUGCAGAAAUGGUUAUUUUGUUGAAAUUAUUAAUGGGCUCGCCAAAUUCGAUUAACAUACGCAAUGUGGUAUGGCAUGGUUUCCCAAAACCCCAUGAAAUUCCUGAUUACUACGAAACUGUUUUAUUUACAACAAUAUGCACAUUGGGUUUUAAAUUCGAGGAAAUAAAAUACGUAAUUAAAGAACGGCCUUUGGUUAAAGAUUUUCUGCAGCCUCUACAGCACAUAGAUGAUAAAUUUAAGUCGAAAAUAGUUGAUAUUAAAACCCAUGAAGAGAAUAUGAAAAAUAUUCAUAAUGAGUUCGCCAAAGAUUAUAUAGAAUUUUGGACGACUAUUUGUAAAUAUUAUCAAGAGGGCCGAUAUAUUAAUAUGAUUAUAUUAAUAUUACCACAAAUUGAGCUAUUGCUUCGUUUGCAUUAUGGACAAGUCAACAAUGUGGAUAUAAAUGCCAAAUUGGAUGAAUAUUAUAUCACCAUGGAUACAAUAUUUGAGGCAGAAAUUGUAAAUUCCAACAGAAUAUUGGAUUUUGAUUUAUAUCCACAAUUUGAAGGGACUUUUCAUUUGAUGUAUGAUAUAUUUUUCAGUCCAAAUGGGUGCCGUUUAAGAGACAAAGUUAGUCAUGGUGAAGUGGAUUAUUUAGCGCUUAAUAACUCUGAGUUGGCUUCCAUCACAUUGCACAUUUUCCUGAAUUUAUUAGAGCCUUUAGAUUUCAACAGUCUUUUCAAUAAUGAAAGUAAAUUACAUUUGAAUAGUGUAAACAAAUAUUUAUUAAAAGAGGUGCAUGGCAAAAUGACUUCAGGUGACAACUUUCAGGUUAUAUUAAAUUUGCCAACCAGAAAAGUUUUGAUAUUUCAAAGACCUAACAAAGAAUCUGAACUUAUGUUGCUAAUGAAAGUGAUACUGGAUAAUAUCGGGUGUACACUCGAUAACUAUCAGGAAGCCAUUGAAAUACGUACAGCACAAUUAGCCCAACGUGAACUUCAUUCGAAGAGAAGAAAAACUUUGGAGAAAAUGCAAAUGUCGUUACCACAAAUCUACUCUACUCUGGCAGUGAUGUUUAAAUCUCUAAUCAAUUUGUUUAAUUUACUACAAAGCAAUCACCAAUUAGUUUUUAAAGAAGCGGAUAUAUUUGAUAAAACCUUAAGAUAUCUAAAACACUCAAGAACAGUAUCAGAAAAUAUGGUCAAGUAUUCUCAUUAUGAAAGUAAUGAAUGGAUUAAAGCAUUGGAUUUGUGUCGUAAAUUUCAAGAAUUUUACAAUAAAUGGUUUAUGUUUUCAACAAGCUGACCAAAAUAA